CAGAUUAGUGCGCGAUAUCAAGCCGACAAGUGUGAAUUAUUUAUUUUCCAGUAUUCAUUUGUUUUGCCUCUUCAUCUCUCACGAUCGGCAAGCAGGCAAAAGAAACUAUUUAAAUUGCCACAAGAGUCUCACACCUCACUGAAGCUGUGUUGAUUUGCAGACGCCAACAGUGUACACGUCGUCUUGGUGGGAUGAGCUGUCAGCUGGCGUGUCCAUGAAUCCAGGAAGUACCAGCUGAUGCCGGAAAGCGAGAUGACGAUGGAUUCGGAGAAGUUUCGGAACAGUUCCGGGUGGAUGGCGUUGCUGGAAUGGAUGUACGAAGGAGUGGACCACACGCUGCCAGGCAAUGGUGGACGUGAGUGUGUGGAGUUCCUGGGAGUUUCACAACGGAUAGUGGAGAGUUCUUGUGCCACCCUGUUCUCAUUGUUUGUCAUGUGGUUGGCGUAUCCCCGCCUCACUCUGCCAAAGAUUUCCUACGAUGACUUACGUGACAAUCAGAUAGGAAAACGCCUGCUUCUAGUCAUCAUGUGUUUGACUUUCGGGAUCGAACUUGGGUUCAAGUUCGCCACCCGACAGUUUAUAUGGGUGUUUAAUCCAUGUCACGUGGCAACAGUUAUACAGAUAUUUUUGUUAGCGGCACCUCCAAGCAAAGCAGUGACUGCGAUGUUCCGACUGCACAUGCAUAUGUUGACGGGGGCGCCGAUAGCUGUACUGUUUCCUGUUGUGAAUACACGAUUGUUGCCCAUGGAGACAGAGGUCUACUACAUUCAACAUAUUCUGAUGCUUGUCAUACCAUUUUACCUCUUGAAGACUGGAGGAGCAUACAUUCCAGAGAACAUCCUGGACUUCACAUGGGGCUUCAUGUCCCUGGGCAUCCUCUACAUCUACCACUUCGUGCCCCUCCAGCUGCUGGCUUAUUUCUCUACAGUCAACCUGAACAACAUGCUCUGUCCUGCUGUGUCUGACCCUUUCCACGGACCCUAUUAUCGACUGUGCGCUCUCACUCACCAAACAAUCCUCAUACCAUGCCUCGGAAAAGUUUAUGUUCUAAUUGCCAAUCAUCUACCAGUGUGGCGAGCACAGUCGAAAAAACAUAUACAGGAAGUGAGCUGCUGGGAAGGGAGCAACACCAAGUAUCCUCACCAAAGUAAUCAUGCAAGGGGAGAUCACUCUUCCCCAAGGGGAGAUAACUCUCACCAACAGCGAUUGAAUGGACAUGUAAAGACAUCAUGAACUCAUGUUUUUGCAUUGAUGUUGUCCUGUUUACAUUUGUUUUACAAUCAUCACUUGUAAUUUUAAUGUGUUUAAUAUAUUUAACAUCAUGUCUUG